UAUCAUAUAUUUGACAUUUGUACAAAAUUCACAUAUAUUUUACCACUUAAUUCUUACUAUACAUGUAACUUUUGUUUAUAAACAUAUAUAUGGGUGAAUGUUGGAUCAAUACUUAUUACUUCAAUAUUCAAGUCAUAGUAUGACAUUAACGAAUACUAUUUAAACAUGGAUACAUUAAUAAAGGAUGUAUAUGAUGUUUUAACUAAUAAAACUGAAAAUGAAUUACCUUCACAAGAUAAACUUGUAAAAUAUCAGAACACAUAUAGAUUAGAAUCAAAAAACCCAUUCAAUGAAAAUAAAGCUUUGGCCGUUAUAAAAAAUGAAACUAUGAAACAUUUGAACAAUGAAACUAGAUAUGAUCCAGAUGAAGCAACAAGAAUCUCUGCAACUAUGUCACUAAGUAUUAGAGAUGAAAUUUGUGAAUUGGAUUUUGAAAGGUACAAAAUUGUCUGUAUAGUUGAAAUUGGAGAGAAAAAAUGUCAAGGAAUAAUGUCUAUCGCUAGAUUUUUACGCGACUUUAAUAAAGAUAAAUAUGUUUAUAGCAGUUUUGAAAAUCAUAAUUUGUUUGCAACUAUUAUGGUGGGAGCAUUUUAUUAUGAAUAAAUUAAGUAUAAUUUUACAACACAUAAAACCAAAAUUAUUCACAUUUUAAUU